UGGACGAGUGUGAAAUAUUACACGUGGAGGAACAUGAAGGCAAUUCCGAGAAAGACCCAGAGGCAACGCUGGAGCAGGUGGAGAGAGAGCUAAAGCGAGUCAUCCAGCAGAUCCAGAUCCUUCAAGGCCGCAAGCAGAUGCUGACAUCCAAGAGGGACAAAAUCAAGGACUCGAUCCAGCAGCGCAAGUCGGCGAAGCUCGCUCAGAGGGACUGGGAUAGGAAAGAUUUCCCAUGGUCAGAGGAACUGAAGGAAAAAUUGCAGUCAGUCUUCAAGAUACCGAAACUUCGUGCUCAUCAGCUUCCCACAAUGAACGCAACAAUGUCCAAAGUUGACGCCAUCCUUAUCAUGCCCACAGGAGGCGGGAAGAGUUUGUGCUACCAGCUCCCAGCACUCGUCACCAAAGGCGUCACCCUGGUUGUGUCUCCACUGGUGUCCCUUAUUGAAGACCAGCUGAUGGGCCUGAAGGAACUAGGAGUGGAGGCCAAAAUGCUGAAUGCCUCCUGCACCAAGGAAGAAGUCAACGCUGUCCAUUUUGCCAUGACAGAUCCCAAGUCGCCACUGAAGCUGCUAUAUGUGACCCCAGAGAAGCUUGCCAAAUCCAAAAGGUUCAUGGCAAAGCUCCAGAAGAUGCACGAGAUGGGACGAUUUGCUCGCCUGGCCAUUGACGAGGUGCACUGCUGUUCGCAGUGGGGACAUGACUUUAGACCAGAUUACAAGUUCCUUGGCAUCAUGCGAAAAAUGUUCCCUGGGACUCCCAUUCUCGGCCUGACUGCCACAGCUACAUCAAGAGUUGUAAAUGAUGUUCAGAAGAUCCUGGACAUCCAAGGCUGCUUACUCCUCAAGGCAUCUUUCAACAGACCAAAUCUGAUUUAUCAGGUUCGCCAGAAGUCGUCCUCGCAGAAAGAAUGCAAUGAUGAGAUCCAGAACCUUUUGGAGGGGGAGUUUCGGGGGCAGUCGGGCAUCAUAUACACCAUGACUAUCAAGGACGCAGAGGAGCUGGCCAAGGACCUGCGGGCACGGGGUAUUAAGGUGGCUCCUUACCAUGCGCAGCUGGAGCCUGAGGCGAGGACUCAGAUCCACAGGAGAUGGGUGGAGAACAAGUAUCAGCUGGUUGUGGCUACCAUAGCCUUUGGCAUGGGCAUCGAUAAGCCUGAUGUGCGCUUUGUGAUCCACCACUGCAUAUCCAAGUCCAUGGAAAAUUUCUACCAGGAGAGUGGGAGAGCAGGAAGAGACGGCAAGCCAGCAAAGUGCAUCAUCUUCUGGAGAUUUGCAGAUCUGUCCCGCCAGAGCACCAUGGUCUUCACAGAGCAGACUGGCCUCGAGAACUUGUAUGGUCUAAUCUCAUAUUGCAUUGAUACCUAUAGAUGCAGAAGGAACAUCAUUGCAGAGCACUUUGACGAGCGAUGGGAAGCGUCGGACUGCAGGGGUAUGUGCGACCACUGCCAAGACCCCAGGGAAGUGAAAAAGGUGGAUGUGACCAAAUACGGAGAGCAGUUGGUUCACAUCCUCACCAAUGCCGCAAGCUUGAAGGAAAGACUUACAGGUCCUAAGCUGGUGGACGCCCUCCUGGGCAAGGGUCCGACCAAGCUGAGGGUGAAAGGGCCAGCGGAAAAGGAGCUGAACCGUGAGAGAGCAGAGAGUCUCAUCGCCUUCCUCCUCAUCGACGGUUUCUUGAAGGAGGAUUUCCAUUUCACGCCUUACAGCACCAUUAGUUACAUUGUAGCUGGUCCAAAGGCUGAAGCAGGUAUCCCCCCAAGCCCAAUGGAGAUCGCGGGCAUCAGGAAAAGCAUUAGUGAUCCUCAAGGACCUUCACUAGACCUUAAGGGAGCAGGGAAGACAAAUAAAGAUCUUUUCAGCAAGUCUGUGAAAGGGACUAAGAGUGAAAGUGAAUCAAAGAAUUCCAAAACCAAGGGUUCUAGUGGUAGUAUUCAUAAGGAACAUGCCAGUGAUACCUAUAACCACACUGGUAGUAGCAAGAGCACGAGCUCAAAGCAAAAACCCAGUGAGAACAGCAAGAGCUCAAAUGGCACAUCAGGAAAGAGGAAAAGAAUCCAGAAGGACAGUGACAGCAGCUCGGAAUCUGAUGUGAACUUCGAGUUGAACAGCAGUGAUUCUGAAGGUCCGAGCACUUCUGAUAAUAAGAAGAAGCGAGUUAUUACAAUCGAUUCCAGUGAAGACAGUGAUAAUUCUGGGUAGACAUGUGAAUUUCA